AUGGGUGUACAACUAUCAAUCCUAGCGCAAUCGUCGCCAUCCAUUGGUAUCUUUUCCUAUAUUGAUGUCCUUGAAGAUGUCCAUUAUAUUGCACAACUAAAUUCUUCUCGUUUUUUGAAGACUUGUAAAGCUGUUGAUCCCAAUGGUGAAAUUAUUAUCAAGGUGUUUGUUAAACCAAGAGAAGGCUAUUCUUUGACAUCAACAGUAGAGACCCUAAAUAAUGAAUCCAUGUUAUUGGGUCAAUUACCAAAUGUUUUAAAUUAUAGUAAGAUAAUAGAAUCAAAUAGGGCAGGUUACCUUAUACGGCAACACUUGAGAAGGAAUCUAUAUGACAGACUAAGUUCAAGACCGUACCUUCACGAGAUAGAAUCCAAAUUUAUUGCAUUCCAGUUAUUGCAGGCGUUGAAUGAUAUACACAAACUUAACAUUGUACAUACUGAUAUUAAAACUGAAAAUAUUAUGGUGAAUAGUUGGAAUUGGAUAGCAUUAACAGAUUUUGCAGCUCAUGUGAAACCAAUCUAUUUACCAGAAGACAAUCCUGGAGAAUUUUCGUUUUAUUUCGAUACUUCUAAGAGAAGGAAUUGUUAUAUUGCACCUGAAAGAUUCAAUACCCAAUUAUACAAUGAUUCCGAAAAACGAUACCAACCCUCUAAAGAAAUGGAUAUUUUUAGUGCAGGUUGUUGUAUAGCUGAACUAUUUUCAGAGGGGAUUCCCAUUUUUAACUUAUCGCAAUUAUUCAAAUACAAGACUCAGGAAUAUAAUGUAUCUGAGUAUUUAAAUGAACAUUUCCCCCAAAACGAACAAUUAAAGGAACUGAUAAUGGAUAUGAUUCAAUUAGAUCCAUCGAAGAGGUUGUCUACUAUACAACUACUAGCGAAGUAUAGAGGUACCUUCUUUCCGGACUAUUUUUAUACAUUCACAUAUGAUUACUUUAGAACACUGGCAUCUAUGGUAACGAGUAUUCCAAGUACAGGAAGUUUGACAGAGAUGUGUCUUUUGGAGGACAAACAAAAUGUAUAUAAUAAUUCGUUACUGAAGGUUUAUAAUGACUUCGGUACAAUAUGUACUUCACUCGAUUUCCCAAUCAUUACAGAUGAAUCUAAACUAUCAAAAAAGAAACUCCAAUCCAAUGUGUUUUCCUCGCAGUAUAUUAAGAUUGGGUGUCAUAUAUAUGUUCAAUUGAAGAGUUUCGACAGUUACAGAAAUAUACAACCAGUGCACGAGGAAUGUGCCUUACUCUUCGUUUCAUACCUUUCUCGAACACUACGAAACUUGACUUCUAAUAGCAAUAAGAUUAAGUGUUUAGAAUUAUUAGCAGCAUUUUCUCAGUUUAUAUCUGAUGAUAAUAAGAUUGAUCGUGUGAUACCAUAUUAUGAGACAUGUUUUGAAGAAGAAAACAACCAGAUGAUUCAAGCAUUAAGUCUGCAAUGUAUCAACCAAGUUCUUACUAAAGUUGAACAAGUUAACAAAUUGAACGAAAAUGUAUUUGUGGAUUAUUUACUUCCAAGAAUUAAACGUCUAUUGAAUAGGAGUAAAGAUCAUCUUUAUGUCCGGAUGGUAUUGGCAAAUCUAAUAGGUAAUUUCGUGAGUUUGGUAUCCAAAUUUAGGGAGAUAUCCAUAAUGUCCAGUUUAAACUCUAAUGAACAGGAUAAUGAUGAGGAUAUUCUGAUGAACAACAAGUAUAAUGGGAGAUUAAUGCAACAGAUGGAAGAUAUUAUUAUAUUGUUACUUACUGAUUCAAGUGUAUGGGUUAAGAUAUCCCUAUUAGAUAAUGUGUUAAGUUUGUGCAAAUACUUAGGAAAAGAAAAGACUAAUGACAUAAUACUUAGUCAUCUAAUUACAUACCUAAAUGAUAGAAACCCAAUGCUCCGUAUGGCUCUUGUCGAGGCAAUUUCAGGUAUCGCUAUUUUAUUAGGACCAGUGACAUUUGAACAAUACAUUCUACCUUUAUUAAUCCAGACUCUAACCGAUUCAGAGGAGCUAGUGAUGACUGCCACUUUAGAAACAUUACAUGACCUUUGUAAGACAGGGCUUGUAAAUCAAGUUAAUACCUUUACUGUUGCAAAUGAAAUUUCUCCUUUACUAUUACAUCCAAAUUAUUCCAUCCGUCAGUUUUCACUCUUAACUUUAUUUGAAAUAUCACAACAACUUUCGAAGCCUGAUCUAUAUUGUAAUCUAUAUCCUAUUAUUAGGCCUUAUUUCGGGUUCGAAGUUGAAUUUGAUCUGGAUGUGAUGCUAGACAGUUGCAAACCUCCAAUAUCAAGAACGAUAUUUAACCUACUUUGUAGUUGGUCAUUACGUGCAUCAAACUCAUUAUUUUGGAAACAAGUUAUGUCCAAAGAAAUUGACGCUUUUGGAAAACCGACCUCCACAUUUAUCACGAAAGACUAUAUUCCUAAGAAUUAUGGUCUUAAUAACAGUGCAUUAAGAAACGAUAAGAAUACAGAUGAUCGUCCAAACAUUUUUGUAAAAUCAUUUGAUAAUUCAGAAAUUCCUUUAACGACGGAAGAUAAAUUAUGGAUCGAUAAAUUUAAAACUUUAGGAAUGAAAGAUACGGACUUGUGGAAACUUUUGUGUCUUAGAUCGUACGUAUUAAGGACUAAGAACAAACCCAACGAAAAAUCGCAAUUAGGAUUACAUGACAUUGAUGAGAAUCUAGAUAAGAAGUAUUCAUCCAUCGGAAUAACUAAUGUAAUGCCGCACAAUGUCUUUUACGACAUUAAAUUUAUUGAGCAAGAAGAGGAUGAUUCAAUAGAACUUCCUUUGUCCGAAAGUGAUAAUACACAACAGCAACUAAUGGAGCAGUCGUUACGAACGAAAGAAUCUAUCCCAACCAUUGUAAAUAUGAACGGUUCUUUAAUUCUAAGGAAUAAACCUUCUGCAAUAACUACACCUAAUCUUCGCAAUAUUUAUGUUCAAUUAGAGCCUAAUAGAACACAUAAUCAAGUACACAAGCCAUAUUCAAAUCUGAAAUCUGAUGAUUGUCGUUUCACAAUACCCGAAUAUGUAGUUUCUAAUAGUUACGAGGGUGAUGUUGAAUCCAUUGAACGCUUUCUGAAAAGCAUAGACAUAUCCCCGAACCUUUCUGAUUAUAAGGAAUUUGGGAUAAUAAGUAAUACUGUUAAGAAAGACGAAAAAUCAAUGACUUCAUUACAGGGGAAACCAAUUUGCACAAUAUCCAAAAACAUCAGAAACUCAAUUGUAUCUGUAUGUGUAUCAUCAGGAAGUAGAAACCCCUACAUGGUGACAAGUUCUUUACAAGGUAUAAUCAGCGUCUAUUCAAUGAGAAAUAUUGUUAAUAGAGAAACUUAUGAACCUGAAUUAUUCUUUAAUUGCAAAGCAACUUUAACAAAUAUGAUCAUGCUACAAGGUUUUGAUACUUUUGUUGUUGCUACAACCGAUGGCUUUGUGAGAUUUUUCAGAAUAUUACAGUAUGAUCCGUUGCAUGAAAGUAGACAGUCAACAUACAUCAAGGAAAUUAGAAAAUUCCAUAUGAGUGGUAAACCAAAUAAUUGCGGCCCCAAAGUAGUUACUGAUGGAGAAGAACAUGUUAUAAAGAUGGGAGAGUACAUGACAGAAGAUAAGGCAUACUUAAUAUGUUUGACAAAUCGUUCAAGAAUAUUUUAUUUUGAUAUUCGUAGGUUGGAUAACAUGAAUUUUAUUGACAUUCCUGUAUCACAUGGUGGUAUAACCACAUUCUGUACAAACAAGGAGAGUAAUAUAUUGAUAAUAGGUACAACCAAGGGUAUCAUCGAUAUAUGGGAUUUAAGAUUGAACAUUUUGGUGAACUCAUGGACUUUCGACAAUAGUUGCAUCAUAAAAGAGAUCCAUCUGAUGCCUCAACUUGGUAAAAAUAUAAUAUUAAUAUUAGGUGGUUCAUCUAAUGGUAUAUUAUCUGUGUGGAAUUAUGCUAAGGCCCAGUGUCGUUUAAUUGUAGCACUUCCAGGAAGGAGUCCCUCUAUAGAACGAUUUCAACCCUUUACAAAGAAGUUGGAAAGUCUCAAAUAUAAUACAGAUAAUAUUAGCACUACGGUGUCGACUGUACAUACUCAAGGGACUACAAUUAUCUUUUCAAAUAAUAAAACUUCUGAUGUAUUCAUGCUCGAUCUUUCGAAUACAAAUCAUUCCAAGGUUCUCCUCGGUCCAAAUAAAUCUGGAUAUAUAUUCGGUGGAAGAAAAGGUACCAUAAAUACAACUAUUGUUUCUAUACAGCAUGCUUCUGACACUGGAGAGAUGUCUAGUCCAAAGAAUAACUUGUUAAAUGUGGAAAAUAUGGUAACCAUUAUUGAGACCGUCCAAAAACAAGACAAAUUGUAUCUUUUGGUAGGGGAUAGCUUGGGAAUCAUCAAUGUGUAUGAAUAA